AUGGCGGUACAGGGGAACGGGAGCUGCCCGUUGUGCGCGUUUCCAGAGGCGGGUACCGGGGAGAGAUCUGCCGCCGUGGUGGCCACUCUGGCCGGGAUUCUGAUCUUCACCAUCGUGGCGGAUGUCGUGGGUAACGCGCUGGUCAUCCUGUCCGUCUUCAGGAACAAAAAACUGCGCAACGCGGGUAACAUCUUUGUGGUGAGCCUGUCUGUGGCGGACCUGGUGGUGGCGCUGUACCCGUAUCCCUUGGCCCUGCUGGCCAUCUUCCACGACGGCUGGAUUCUCGGCACUGUGCAGUGCCAGCUGAGCGGCUUUGUUCUGGGUCUCGGCGUCAUCGGUUCGGUCUUCAACAUCACGGCCAUCGCGCUGAACCGUUACUGCUACAUCUGCCACACGCUACAGUACGAGCGCUGCUACACCGGGCGUAACACGUGCCUGUGCGUGGGCCUGACGUGGCUCCUGAGUGCCACCGCCAUCCUGCCCAACUUCAUCCUGGGCUCGCUGACCUACGACCCGCGCGUCUUCUCCUGCACGUUCGCACAGACCGUCAGCUCCUCGUACACGACGUGCGUGGUGGCGGUCCACUUCCUCAUCCCGCUGGCCAUCGUGUCCUUCUGCUACCUGCGCAUCUGGGUGCUGGUGAUCAGGGUGAAGGGGCGUGUCCGGCCGCGACCCUGGGCGCGCUCCGCCGAUCUGCGACACUUCCUCACCAUGUUCGUGGUGUUCGUGCUCUUCGCCGUGUGCUGGGCGCCGCUGAACUUCAUCGGUCUGGCCGUGGCGCUGGACCCCGCCCGUGUGGCACCGAAGGUACCAGACUGGCUCUUUGUAGGCAGCUACUUCCUGGCGUACUUCAACAGCUGCCUUAACGCCGCCGUGUACGGCCUUCUGAACCAGAACUUCCGCCGCGAGUACAAGCAGAUCAUCCUGUGGUUGUGCGCACCGCGGGCGCGGCUCUCUCACGGCUCCCAAAGCCACACGGAGGCCGUCAAGAGCAAACAAUCACCGGGUCCGACCAACUACAACCUGGUGGAGGCUCACCUGUAA